UUCAUGGGAGUUUUGAUUACGGUUUUAAUAUUGGAUCCGUAUGAUGCUAAAAUUUUAAACAAUAUUUUAGGCUCAAUGAAAAGAUGUCUUUGAAGCCAAGGAAGGUUGAUUUUGAUAUCACAUGGGGGGAGCUAAAAAACACUGUUGAAGGGGUAAUCACAUUAGGAAAGGUGCCACGUGCUGUUUGGAAUGAUAGAUUCACUGAUGUUUAUGCCCUGUGUGUGGCUUUUCCUGAACCCUUGGGAGACAGAUUGUAUCAAGAAACUAAGCAAUUCCUUGAUCAUCACGUACGUUACCUCUAUAAGUUAGUUGCAAAUUCUGAAGAAGGACUUCUAGGUGCUUAUCACAAACAUUGGUUACAGUACAGUCAAGGAGUCAAUUACCUAAACAAGCUGUAUAUGUAUUUAAAUACGCAACAUAUUCGAAAACAGAAAUUCAGUGAUGCAGAUUUAAUUUAUGGUUGCUUAGAACCAGCUGAUCAGAUGCUUGAAAUCGGGGAGCUAGGCCUUGAUCUGUGGAAACGUAAUAUGAUAGAGCCCUUGAAAGAUAGCCUGGUCAAUCUACUGCUUGAAGCAAUCAGAAGUGAUCGUCUUGGUGAUAGUCCUAACCAGAAAGUUAUUCAUGGAGUUAUUGAUUCAUUUGUUUUGGUUGAAGAAUACAAAAAGAAAGGAUCAUUGCAGCUCUAUCAGGAAAUGUUUGAAAUUCCAUUUCUUCAAGCUACUGGUGAAUACUACAGAAAAGAAGCCAGCAAGCUGUUGUAUGAGUCAGAUUGUUCUAUGUAUAUGGUCAAGGUUUUGCAACGGCUCGAUUCUGAAAAUUUGAGGAGUAGAAAGUUUCUUCAUCCAAGCUCUUAUCCACGUGUGACAGAGGAAUGUGAACAAAGAAUGGUGGCAGACCACCUCCAGUUUUUACAUGGGGAGUGUGUAGCCAUGGUGCAGCAAGAGAGGAAAAAAGAUCUACAGAAUAUGUAUACUUUGCUGAAACCUGUACAUGGAGGACCUGAUGCUCUCAUUAGACAAGUUCAACAACAUAUAACACGGAUUGGACUUGAAUCUGUCAACAGCCUUCGAGGUGAUAAUAUACCUCAGAUGUUUGUUGAAUCCGUAUUAGAAGUUCACAACAAAUUUCAACAGCUCAUUAAAGAGGUGUUUCAUGGUGACCAGCAGUUCAUUGGUGCUUUAGAUAAGGCUUGUGCAACUGUAAUUAAUCACAGAACUAAUCCUAAGCAUCCUUGCCGCUCUCCAGAAUUGUUAGCUAAGUACUGUGAUUCACUACUUAAGAAAAGUGCAAAGGGAAUUUCUGAAUCAGAAAUUGAAGACAAACUUUCUCAGUCAGUCACUGUGUUUAGGUAUAUAGAUGACAAAGACAUCUAUCAAAAAUUUUAUGCAAAAAUGCUAGCAAAAAGACUAAUUCAUAGCCAGAGCAUGUCGAUGGAUUUGGAAGAAACUAUGAUUAAUAAACUUAAGCAAGCAUGUGGCUAUGAAUUCACAAGUAAACUGCAUAGGAUGUUUACUGACAUGAGUGUCAGUGGAGACCUGAACAACAAGUUCUCAUCAUUUCUCAGAACAGAGAAUAUAGACCUAGGUAUUAACUUUUCUAUAUACGUCUUACAGGCAGGGGCAUGGCCACUUGCACAGAGUGCAAUUUCUCCUUUUGCAAUUCCUCAGCAAUUAGAAAGGAGCGUACAAAAGUUUGAAGACUUCUACAAUAGUAAAUUUAGUGGCAGAAAACUAACAUGGUUACAUCACUUAUGUAAUGCGGAAGUGAAAUUGUGUUACCUAAAAAAACCAUACAUCGUGACCAUGGGAACCUACCAGAUGGGGUUGCUGUUAUUGUAUGAGUCAGCAGAUACUUUAAGCUACAAAGAACUUCAAGAAAAUACAAGACUAAAUGAUGAACAACUAGUGAAGCAUCUACAGAGUUUGGCUGAUGCUAAACUUCUAAUUACCACUGAUGAGGCUCCUGUUAAUGGAGAAAGUGUUCUUACAUUAAAUAAGUGCUAUUCCAAUAAACGGACAAAGUUUAAAAUAUCAGCAGUGAUACAGAAAGAAACUCCACAGCAAGAAAUUGAACAGACUCACAGCUCUGUUGAUGAAGACAGGAAGCUUUACUUGCAGGCAGCUAUUGUUCGUAUAAUGAAGGCAAGGAAAGUGUUACGCCACAACAUCCUCAUACAAGAGGUAAUCAAUCAAGCCAAGUCACGGUUUGUGCCCAGCAUAACAAUGAUAAAGAAAUGCAUCGAAGCUUUGAUAGACAAACAGUACUUGGAGAGGACCCCUCACUCUGCUGACGAGUAUAGUUACGUAGCAUAAAAAAGGAGAUGUUUUAAUACACAUAUGGUUAUUGGAGUGUUUUUCCUUUUUUUACUCUAAAAGACCUAAUCCUAUGUUUCUAAUUUGUGUUUGUGAAGAAGGCCGUUUUUGAAGUCAUGCCUGAAGAAGCUAACAUCCCAGUGCUAAAAAAGUGAAACUUUUGUGAAUAUUGCACUGUUGUUAGGAUUAUUGUUGUUUUACAAUGAAUAUAGUAAUCUCACCUAGUGAAAUGUUAUACUAAAGAAAGGACAAUUCAAAACUGUUUUAGUUUAUUUAUAGCAGUAAAAUACAGUACAUGAAUAUUAUACUGAAUACUUCAGAAUCAUUAAAACAAAGUGUUACAGUUAGGUGUGAAGAUGUAUUAAAAAAAACUGCCUGAAUUCUCUAAAGUGUAUAUUAUAAACGUUUUUGUUUAUGUUUUAACAUUUAAAUGUUGUAAAUGUUUAUAUCAUAAGGUUCUUUGGUUAUGACAUUUGAGAUAAAUUUUAGUAAGGCUUUUUCACAGUACAUAGCAAGAGUUGUAUAUAAACUUCCACAAUUGAACAUUAACUGACAAAACGUAAAUCUUAACUGUUUAUCUUUCAUGAAUUGGGUAGUUGAUUACUUCUAUUAUAAUCAGUUACAGCUGAUUUUUAAUUCUGAUAAGUUUCAUAGUCCCAAAUAAAAAAAAGUGACUCCCUCUUUUGUUUGAAUAUUGUGAUAUUUUCAGUUUCUUACUUUGUCAUAAAUAUAUAUAUAUAUAUAUAUCUAAAUGCCUAUUACUGCUUUUGCUGUUUUCUAACUGAAUAACCUUAUUGUUGGUUUCAUUCAACCAUGAAGAAAUGUAUUGAAAGUUUAGAAAAUUUGAAAUAAUUUCUAUUUAUUACACCUAAAACGUGCAUGUCUAUUAGCAUAUCUGUUCUGUUUCAUGACAAAAGAAUAUAAAGUUUGUAAGUAUUCUUCAAACCUAAAAGUACCCUGUACAGCACACCUGCAGACCAAAUUUCUGAUAUAUAUUUUAAAAUUUUCCCUCAUGAUGUUGAACAAUUUUUUUCAUUGUUUAAUAUACAAAUUUUAAGUGAGUUAUUUACAGAAUUACAAUUAUAUGUAGACUUGGCAGAAAAUUUUGUACUGAUUGUGAACUCGUGUAAGAGGUGAUGAAGAAGUGGUAGUUAAAAGUACUUUGUCAUGCUUAUAGUAUAAAUCAAAAUGUCUGGUUAGUUGAUUGGAAGAGUUCAUUACAGGGGAAUAUGUAACCAACCAAUCUAAAUUGUACGUUAUUUAGAUUAUCAUGUAAGAAUGAACGAUACGAGAUAUUGCUCGUGGAGUAGCUGAUUAUUUCUUAUGUGUACAAAUAAUAAGACUGUGAAAUUUGAAUAGAAAGUUCUUAAUUGGUCAAUCAUGUAUGUGUUUUAGUUGGUCAUGUAUAUUGCCAAGUGAUGGAGAAGAAUUAUCUGAUAAGUGAUGCAAUUCGGUCAUUGAUUUUAGGUGAUACUGUCAAAGUAGAGUAUUACAAGCUAAUUGUUGGCUUGAAUUGUGUGAUGAAAGUAUUGUGAAAUGACAACAGAAGGUAAAUAUGUAAAAAUACAAAACUCUUUGAUUAUUGUAA